UCCAGCAAAUACAGCGCAGAAGAGAAGGUGGUGGAGGGAGCCAUGUCAACCGUGAUCCUGGAGGGCAUCUUUCUGAAACGCUCUCAGCAAAAGAAAAAGACUUCCCCUCUCAACUUCAAGAAGCGCCUCUUUGUGCUGACGGAGAGCAAACUCUCCUACUAUGAGUAUGACUUCGAGCGCGGGCGACGAGGAAGUAAGAAGGGGUCGGUGGACAUUGAGAAAAUCACCUGUGUGGAGACCGUGAUUCCAGAGAACAACCCUCCCCCAGAACGGCGGGUCCCACGAAAAGGAGAGGAUUUAAAUGAGACAGAACAGAUCUCCAUCAUAGAGCGGUUCCCCUACCCUUUCCAGGUGUUGUAUGAUGAAGGACCCCUCUAUGUCUUCUCGCCAACAGAGGAUUUACGAACCCGGUGGGUUCAACAGCUGAAGAAAGCGAUCCGCUACAACAGCAACCUGGUGCAGAAAUACCACCCUUGCUUCUGGACUGACGGCCUGUACCUCUGCUGCUCCCAGACAGCCAAACUGGCCAUGGGCUGCCAAAUUGUGGAGAGCCGAACUGGAAGUUUCAGAAAUGUUCGUUCACACCAAAAAGUAGAGAAGCCUCUACCGCCCACUCCAGAGGAGGAACAGAUAAUGAGCAAGCCAUUGCCCCCCGAGCCGACCGCCAACCCCCCAUCCAAGAUGAAGAAGGUUGUGGCGCUCUAUGACUAUGCCCCAAUGAAUGAGCAGGACUUGCAGCUGAAGAAGGGAGAAGAGUACAUCAUAUUGGAGGAGAGCAACGACUUAUGGUGGAGAGCCCAGAGCCAGAAUGGGGAAGACGGUUAUAUUCCCAGCAACUAUGUCACUGAAGCAAGAGAUUCCCUGGAGAUGUUUGAGUGGUAUCUGAAAAACAUCACCCGAAGGCAGGCAGAGCAGCUAUUGAAGCAGGAGGGGAAAGAUGGAGGCUUCAUCGUCCGGGAUUCCAUUCGCAAGAUGGGAAAAUACACCGUCUCUGUUUUUGCCAAGUCAUCGGGGGAAACCCAGGGGACGAUCCGCCAUUACGUCGUGUGCUCCACACCCCAGAACCAGUAUUUUCUGGCAGAGAAGCAUCUCUUCAGCACCAUUCCAGAACUCAUUAACUACCAUCAACACAACUCGGCUGGACUUAUUUCCAGACUGAAGUAUUCUGUUUCAUCCAAGCAAAAAACGGCUCCUUCCACAGCAGGACUCGGAUAUGGUGCAUGGGAGAUUGAGCCGAAGGACCUGACCUUCCUGAAGGAGCUGGGGGUGGGGCAGUUUGGAGUGGUGAAGCACGGGAAGUGGAAAGGCCAGUACAACGUGGCCAUCAAGAUGAUCAAGGAAGGCUGCAUGUCGGAGGAUGCGUUCAUCGAUGAGGCCAAAGUCAUGAUGAACCUUUCUCAUGAGAAGCUGGUGCAGCUGUUUGGGGUCUGCACCAAGGAACGACCCAUCAUGAUUGUGACGGAGUACUUGGCCUUAGGCUGCCUCUUGACCUACCUGAGGGACACUCGCCGGUCUUUGCAGAGCACUGAACUUCUAGAGAUGUGCAAGGACGUCUGUGAAGCCAUGGAGUACUUGGAAUCCAAGCAGUUCCUGCACAGAGACCUGGCAGCUCGCAACUGUUUGGUGCAUGAACAAGGCACCAUCAAAGUAUCUGAUUUUGGCCUCUCCAGAUAUGUCUUGGAUGAUGACUACAUUAGCUCCAUGGGGUCCAAAUUUCCAGUCCGCUGGUCCCCUCCAGAGGUUCUUCUGUACAGCAAGUUCAGCAGCAAAUCGGAUAUCUGGGCUUUUGGUGUUCUAAUGUGGGAAGUUUAUACUUUGGGGAAGAUGCCCUAUGAGAGAUUUACCAACAGCGAAACAACAGAACAUGUGACCAAAGGGCUACGUCUCUAUCGCCCCCAGCUGGCUUCUGAGAGAGUCUACAGCAUCAUGUAUAGCUGCUGGCAUGAGAAAGCUGAGGAACGCCCCACCUUCCAAGUCCUCCUGGGAAACAUUUUGGAUUUAGCAAACGAAGACCCCUGAACAGCCUCUAGUGUCCACAUGAGAGUGUGUUACUCUUCAUUUGGGCCUGUCUGUUGAAUUCCUGUACAGACACUGGAUGGAUACACUGUGGGAAUACAUCAUGUCCCCCUCCACCACAGCAGAACCUAACCCGAGCCAUCAAACCAUACAGAUGUCAUUUUCUGCCUUUGUGUAAGAAUUGGGUUGUUUCUGAAGUCACCAGAUGCUAGAGGACAGGACAGUUACAACAGCAGAUGUUGGUUAGGAACCCACCUUGGCGGAAGCAAAUUCCUUUCAGUCCAAUGUUCAAAUGCGUGGAUCUCUCCCUAUAAUCUGAUGGAUGGAAAUAUCUUCUCAAGGAUGCAAACUUUCUGUAAUCUGCUGUACAAUGUGGGAAUAACAAUGAAAAGAAAGUAGAAAAGAGCAAGAAUCCAGUAACACCUUCAAGACUAACAAAAUUUGCAGCAGGAUAUGAGUUUUCAUGAGUCACUGCUCACAGAGAAAGGAAAGAUGGCUCAUAAAAAGGAACAAUACCCAACUAGCUUAAUUAUCUUUUCUAGGCCGCUUCUGCAAGAAUCCAAGGCAGCGUCCUGACUGACAACAUAGCUAUGUUUCAUCGGAUUUAUGUACCUGUUCUUAUUUUUCACACAGUUGCCAUUCGCUUGUACUUUAUCUUGCCCAAACUGCAAGUUUCUGUUUUUAAUUUGUAAAUAUAUAUAAUUAGUUACUG